UUCAUGGCAACUUCUGCCUUUGCAGAGGAAUCACUUAUUUUAAUAGGUUACGUAUUACUUCACAAACACAGAUGGAGCUGCUUUCCAUUUUAAGGCUUCAGUGAGAAGUCUCUCACUUCUAACACAUCAUUUUAAUGCCAUGAUAUAGUCAGGUAAAGGCCCUAGUUGUGAAACAUCUGUGUUCUACAUUAUAUGAGUUAGAACACAGUUGCAAAUACAAGCAAAAAAGAAGUCCUUAAAAAAAGACAUACCUCUUCUCCCAUUGUGAAGUAAAACUGCCUUCCUAGAGAUUAUAGUAAGCGUUCAAGAGCAGCUAGAGUCCUCCCACUUCCUUGGAAGUGCUGAGCUCACUAAGUCUAGGAGACCAAGCCUAAAACUGAGUCACACUUUAAAGCCAAUAUGAGCUAUGAGGAAACAAAGCUUGCAUUUGUUUAUUUCACAGGAAACCUGGAACUUCUUGCAGUUUGGGUUACAUCAGGGUAGUGGUUUUUUCUCCUUACCAGAGAGAGAGAGAGAGAGAGAGAGAGAGAGAGAGAGAGAGAGAGAGAGAGAGAGAACUUGGACUUCUUCUGACAACAUAUACAGAGAAGCAGAACAGACAACAUGAGCACAGAGGAUACCAUUAUUUUCUGAAUUCCUGAGAGAAUACUUCUAAACAAAGGAAAGGGAACACUGAAAAUAUAACAAACAGAAAUAAUGACAACCCUGGAGUGAUUUGUCACACAGACACACACUGAGCACCUCCAGCAUCAAUAUGCUCAGCUGAAAAUCAUGCAGUGGAACAGGUUCAGAUUUGACUCAUGCAGGGCAAGAUGCCACCCACACUGAGUCACCAAACCCAGUUUCCUAAAAGAUGAGUUUCAAUUCAAGCCACUGAUGGAAUACACUAUCUGGAAACAGUAAAACAUAGUCAUCCAGUUUUCCAACAGCUUAUUCUUAAACUGCACAACAUUUUCUCGACUCCAAAUGCUUGAAGAACUCCACUGGAUAAGAGUGCCAGUCUUGGAUUAGGUACACUUUCUGAAACAUGUUAACACUCAGCUCCAACAACAACCCAGUAGGAUAGCUCACUUGCACCAGGUGACGUAUCCUGUUGCUCUGAUUCUCAUCCCCCACUUAUUUGUCACCUAGGAUAAGGGGUGUAGGAUUCCCACUGCCUUAUAGUGGUCUACUAGGGAGCAGGGGGACUUCCGGGAAGGGUGACUUUGCUUGUGCCUGCUUUUGAGACGAGCUCUCGUCUCAGAAGAAGCUUUUUCAGUUUUAAAAUCAGUCAGAACGUUCUUUUUGACUGGUAAAGAUUUUCUCCCGGGCAGGGAGAAACGUAGAGAUUAACCACAAAAGCCUGUUUUUGUUGGGAGGACUGGAUUUCAUUAAUUUAUGAGAGAAGGUUCAGCCAGCAAAUGCCGGACGGACUUCCAACAAGCUCUAACUGAUUAAGCGACACGUUUAUCUUUUCUUCAAAGAAAAACGGACUUUAACAGGCAAGCAUCCUUCUUUCUAUUUUUUUUUCACUUGGUUUAAAUCGUUGCAGCAAAAAGAGAUUUGUCAAUGAAUCAGCUAUAAAGAAUUUCUGGGUGAGUUAUAACUCUUCUCUUUUAUUCACGAAAUUAAGGAGGAAAGAAAUUGAAAAAGCUUAUCUUUGUUUUUAUUGCAAAAAGCUGGCCUGGAAGUGCAUUCUAAAGAUACAAACAGAAGAGGGAUUUCUAUUUCGAGGAGGGAAAAAAAAUAAAUAAAUUUGAUUUAUGAACUUUGGAGUAUUAUAUGUCCGGGACUAUUUUCUUUUUGUUCUAUUUCAUUUUGACGAAUCUACUUGUUCACGAUGCCACUAACUGUUUUGAAGCUGGGAACUAAAUUUGUUUUGUAUUCCUGAAUAAAUAAGAGAUAAGGCAGGCUGUACUGUCUACACUGUGAUGUCAUCAAGCCUGGAAUAUUAACCCAAUUGUGGCUGAAAUAAUUUUUGUUUUUGUGGUUUUAAGAAUGGCAAUCAGGAAAGUGGCUGAGACCAUGGAAGAAAUUAUGUUUCAGAAAAUAAUGGAUGAGAUUGAGAUAACGAAACAAACCCUGAGACAGGGUAGACAGGAGAUGAAAAUUGAAUUAGGCAAAAUGACGCAGGAGCUUAAAGAAAUAGGGGAUCUUGUGAGAGAGGAGAUUGAUGAGAUUAGAGAUGAGAAAAGAAAAAUUAAAGGGAAGAUACAAGCCCUGGAGAUUGGAACAAAUGUGGAAUUGGAAAAAGAUCUGGAGUUUAUGGAUAUUAGAAACAAAGUUUACUGUUUGGAAUUCAACGUUGUCUCUGAAGAAAUUAAUGAAGAUAUUAGAGAUAAAGUUAUCAAUGGCUUGGAUAAUUUUCUGGACUGGAAUGAUGUGAUGGAGCUUGACAUAGAAAAAAUCUAUGGAAUUAACUACAGAUAUGUGACAAUGGAAAAAUUAUCAAGAGAUGAGUCAGUGCAUUUUGUAAAAAAGAAGAACAGAGAUAUGACUUUACAACAAUAUUUCAGCAACAUAUUCAGAAUUGAUGGCAAGGAAAUAUUUGUGAUAAAGGAAAUUCCCAUCAGACUCUUAUUAUAUGACUAUGGCUAUGACAGCAAGAUUAAUAUGGGAUACUGAUAAUGGAAGAAUGGAUACUGAAAUUACUGGACUGAACAGGACUAUUGAAGAUGGAAGAUGGAAUUAAUAUUGAUAAUGGAAGAAUGGCUAUUGAAAUAAUUGGAUCUAACAGGUUUGAUGAGAUGGAUUAAUCUAUAUGUUUAUUUGGACUAUGGCUAUGACAACAAGAUUAUUAUGGGAUACUGAUAAUGGAAGAAUGGCUACUGAAAUUACUGCACUUAACAGGAUUAUUGAUAAUGGAAGAAUGGCUACUGAAAUUACUGGACUUAACAGGAUUAUUGAAGAUGGAAGAUGGAAUUAACGUUGAUAAUGGAAGAAUGGCUAUUGAAAUUAUUGGACCUAACAGAUUUGAACGAGAUGGAUUAAUCGACAUGUUUAUUUGGAGAAAAAUUGAAAGAUAUAUCUCUCAAGGAAUUGAAACCUCUCUUUGACUUUUUGUGGAAAGAAUAAAGUAAUGUUUAUGAGAUUUGAUGAUUAAUUAAGAUAACUA